AUGAAGAUGUCUCAAGUGUUCGUGGAUUUACCUCAAGGUUGUUUCAUGUCUUUCUCUCGAUUGUUGAGGAGUAUUUUCAACUCGUAUUGAAUUUUAACCUCUUUCUUUUUGUUGGUUGAUCGCUAGGUUUUAACUCUGCGGUGGAGGCACUUAAUUCUGUACCACAAGACAUCCUUGUUGAAAUGGUAUAUGAAUCGUAACCUUAUAAUUACUUGCAAAUAUUGCAGAACGAUGCCAGUAUCACAUGUUUGAGCUCCACUGUGAUUUAUUUUUAUGUGCUCUUUUGUGUUGUAGUGCCAGGAUGUAGCAGCAUUUCUUCAGUACAGAGUUGCACUUCUUCCUGAGGAACAUUAUCAAAAGGUACUGAAGAUUUUUGCACAACUUAAGUUUAUCAUGAAUCAAAGGAUAGAUUACUUGUAACAUUUAUCAAGUGAAGCAGAUCUUUCAGUGCUGUGUAAUAGCCAGGACCCCAUUAAAUAAGAAUCUUUGCGAGAGACAUAAUGCAUUUGUCAAAUGACGUAAGAAAAGGACUAAACACAGACCAAACGCGUGGAAAUUGGUCAUUAAUUAGUUAAACCACCCGAAACCAAUUGACAGGUUACCAGUGAAACAUACUGCACAACAGAUAGUCAGCUUUUCAUUACUACUCUCUCCAAUGUUUAGAUCGGAUCCUAUGGUCAUUUUUUGUUCUUAGCUUCUUACUGGUUGUUCCUAGUUGUCUAUGGUAACUGAUUUCCAGGACACCUUUCUUUCUCAGUCUUUCUCAGCAGAAUGUCCUCAAUAGGGACACAAGCACUAUGGGUAAUUCUCUUUCGCAAGGACAGGCUCUUAUUGUAAUGAAAGGUUACAUAAAUGUAAACAUGCAUGUGCAACAAGAUCUUGCUUAGGAUCCUGAAUAUACAGCACACAAUUCUUACUAAUGGUUGAACUGAACCACUUCUUUUUGUUUUGUUUUUUUUGUCAUCAUUCUUUGAGGAUAUGUCAUUUAUCUUUUUUCCACUGAUGACAAAUUUUCAGGGCCUCCAAAGGAAUUUUAGUUUUGUUGAUUUUCACCUUAUCACAGCAAUGUUGUUGUUUUUUUUUAUUUAAAAAGAGUGAUCAAUGUCCAAGAAAUUUACUUGUACCUGUUAUGGAUUUUGUUCUUGAAGUGUCUUAAGGAUGCUGGAAUAUCAUAUGAUGCCAAGCUGUUACUCAAUGCCAUUAGCUACAUAUUCAGGUAAAUGCUUAUUUCUAAUAGUUAGCACACUUUCUAAAAUAUUCUAGCUGUAAGUAAAAUAUUAUUCUGCACUUAAGCCAGGUGGUCUAUUUACUUAUCACAGUUUCCACUGCAUGAAGUAGCUAGGAGUGUUACCCCUCCCCCCUGGAUAGGAUACCAGUCUAUUGCAAGUUAAACCCCAGGAUUUCAUCAGGCUUCCCUGAUAGUUUGCUAGUAUCUGUGUAUCUCCUUGGUGGAGAGAAGCAUUGUGAAAUUGGAAUCUUGCCCAAGAACACACAACACAGUGACCUGUUCAGGGCUUGAACCAGGACUUGUCAACCUGUAGUUGGGGCGUUAACUGCUAGGCAGUUGAGUCCCCCAUAAUUUACCACUUUACAAAUUGCAGAUAAGAUUCAAUCUGUUGUUAUUUUUCAACAGGUCAGCUGCUAAGGCCAAGUUACCUUCUGAGAAACUAAUUGCAGAACUGAAAUCAUCUUUAUGCUGGAAGGAGAAUACUCUUUCAGUUCUUAAACAUGUUUGGAAUGAACAGGUAAUAUGCUGCUUUUCUUAAGUUUCUCUGAGCAUUUCUUUAGUUAUCUAGUUCAGUGGAAUAUUAAUAUUUUUGGAUUGUUUUAAAGUUUGUGCAGACUUUUGUAAGUGUUUGUUUUUGAGUCAGUUAGUCAUGUUAAUGUAAGAAUAUUAUUGUCAUGUAAAGUUCAAGGUGAACUGUCACAAAAACUGGAAGACAUCAUUAGUUUCUUAUGAAAUGCAAUAGGCGUUUUGUUGCCAGUUGAGAUCUUUCUAAGGUUGCUGAAUUUCGAUAAAUUAUUUUGGCCAAAACAUUUCUUUAACAUUAUCUAUGGUGAAUUUUUGAUUUUAGAGCCCACCCUUGGCAACUGCUUUUCCAUUACAGCUAAAUGAUUUAAUAGUCUUGAGUCUGGAAACUGAAAAUAAUGAUUCAUUUGAAUUUGAUUUUAAUUUUGAAUCUCAGUUUACAUGUGUUCAAACUCCUGUCUGCAAUCUCUCUUUCAGGGAAAGAUUUUAAGCAGCUCAGACUUAACACAAACCCUGAAUGUUGGGCAGGUAUCAAAAAAAUGGUGUCAAAGUAAUUGAUUUAGAUAAAUACACUUGAAAGCUAUUUUGAGAGAUCAGCACAGUACAAUGCAAGUACUGCUAAAUUUCUUUCUUUUCAAGAAUGCUACUGACAGUAAUUUUAGGUUCAAGGUGUAAUCAGUGAUUUUUAGUUGGGUGCCAUAGAGAGACGGGGGAAAUAAGGUCAGAAAUGUAGGAAAUAUUUGUUCAGGAAGUUGCAUGUCUUCUCAUCAAAACCUGGCAAUGCCUCUCCUUCCUUUUUUUGAAACCUAAUGCUCACAAUUUUCUUUUGACACAAUUCAUGAAACAUUACUUUAGUGAUGAAAAAGAUAACUGUUUGGUGUCACAGAAUGCCAAUCGUUGGGUUUCUUAAGACUUUGAAAGUUGUAUGCAAUUAUUGAUUCAACCAAUAUACAUAUGAUACUUAGUGUUUGCUUUUUUUUUUUGGUUCUCUCAAUGUUGAAUGUAAUUAAUGAUACAAUAUAAUUGAUCUCUCUAGUUACUUGAAAUGAAAUGGAAACUUUCUGUUGGAGUGAGUUCUAGCUCUUGUCGCAGUCUGAAUUCUCCCUACAUCACAGCUUUAGUAACAGUGACAGACCCCUCUGGGACGAUCACUUCAAAGUCCUUUGAAAUGACCAUUGGCGAAUUUAAGGUGAGUUUCUGCAAAAGUGAGAAGUCUCAAAUGUCCCCUUCCCUGAGCUUAACUUGAUGAAAAUACAAUGUAUGCAACUCCUACAGCAAUUUUGGUAUCAGUCGUAUCACGGACGGUUUUUCUAAAAACAGUGGUCUGAUUUAUAAACAAGCAACAAUUCUUCUUUUUUUUUCCUGCCAGAAAUUUGCCAGUCAAAUGAGGGAGAUUGCAUCAGUUCUGGAGACGGUCUAA